UUACAGUGCAGGGGAGACGCCCCCCCGAGGACCCAGCUGGGAGCAGAGACAAGACGCGCGGCGAGGACACGGUGCUGAUGGCGAAUGACGGGGUCAGCGAUGCCGGGAAGGGGCCUGAGCAGCAGCCGCUGUUACCUGCUCAGGGCCAGGACCAGAGCGAGAUUCAGGAGCAGGAGGACAGGGCGCGGGUCACAGUUUGUUUCCCAGAAAGUUCCAAUUCUUCUGGAUCAAAAGCGUCUGAUGUGGGCCCAAGGGCGUCAUCCUGGAUCACGCAGGGGGGCCCAGAGGCAGAGGGGCCAUCCCCGAACGCGGAGCCACUGGGGGAGACGGGAGCCCAGGAUGAGGAGCGAGCAGGGGCAGCCUCCCCACAGACACGGCCGGCGGUGGAGGCGACAUUCCCAGCCCAGCACAGUGCGGCUGGGGAGGAGGGAGAGACAGAUCUGAACCAGCACAGUGUGGAGGCUAUGGUGCCCACCAGCCAGCCCAAAGCAGGGGAUCAGGGGGCGCCCGGCAGUCAUACCAAUGAGAAGGAUCAGGGGGUGCCUAACAACCAGACCAAAGCGGCUGCAAACACGGUGUCGGAUCCUGCACAGGAGGAAGAUGCCCAGGGAGAGGCAGGAGACCCACGGGCUCCAGUUCUGUACGAGAUCUCCCAGUCAGACGUCCUGGCUCCCGGGAAGCAGGUAACACUGAGCUGCCAAAUAUCCAGGUUCUACCCCAAGGCGCUGAGCGUGACCUGGUACCGACAGAAAAGAGGAGAGCCGGUGUUCCGGUGCUUAGACACUCUGGGCACCCACAGGAUUGUCACCCCAGACCCCACAGCCGCGCCAGAUGGGAAAUCCUACAGCGUGACGUCCCAGCUCCGCUUCACCCCCUCGGUGCCCGAGGACGACGGGGCAGAGUACCUGUGUUCCGUGGAACAUCAAACCCUACCGGAGCCUGAAGGGAAAUCCACUGGGCCGCUGGAGCUCCGAGCCCAGCCACAGGUGUCCGAGAUCCAGGUGUUACCGCACUGGGAGCCCCGGGAGGAGGUGCCGUUUGCUGUCCAGAUGCAGAACUUUUACCCCAGGGAGAUUCACCGGAUCCAGUGGAGCUGGGACGGGGCAGGGAGCGGGAGAGACGAGACCCCAGAAGUCAGCCAGAACCCGGUCUGGGACAGGGCAGGGAGCGGGAGAGACGAGACCCCAGAAGUCAGCCAGAACCCGGAUCUCACAUUCAGCGCUACCAGCGUCUGGAGAAUCCCCAGCCGGGGACUGAACCGUCCGGAGCUCAGAGUCCGAGUGUCCAUUCAGCAAAGCCCCCGAGAGCCCCCGAUCGAGAGAGAGAUCAGAGCCGGGGACACAGGUCUCCUGCGGCCCCCGGAGGUGUCGGAAAUCUCCCAACCCGAGUCAGUGACGGCAGGGGAGGAAAUCACCCUGAGCUGCCGCAUGGCGGGGCAUUUCCCUGGGGUGCUGUGUGUGACCUGGCUCAGGAGGAACAGGGGGGCUGGGGCGGCUGUUCGUAUACUGAACUCAGCCGAGUACAGAAUCGAGCCCGGAGCUCCCCACACACAGGACGGGAAAAGCUUCCAGCAGGAGACGAGACUCCGCUUCACCCCCUCGGUGCAGAGAGACCAGGGGGCAGAGUACGUCUGCCGGGUGGGACACGUCAUCCUACGGACCCCAGUGGAGAGACGCAGCAGGGAGCUGCAGGUCACAGAAUAAAGGGGCCGGCGUAGAAGGGCUGGGUGGUACCUGGCCUGCACCGGUUACCGUCUCUGAGGAGAAAAGCAAAGCAGAGCCGCUGGUGGCCAGGCGGUCCGACUCUCCUGGGGAGCUCACGGCGUAGGCAGGGUGCUGGGCAGCCUGGAAAUACGCCGGUCAGGAGGGAGAGCCAUGCAGAUCCCCACCCAAGAGAGGUGACGGCUGAGAGCGGGUGCUGUUGCUGGACCACGAUGGGGGACACAGGUGAACUGGGAUGUACAUGGUGGCUGGGCAGCCCACCUGGAGAAAAGUAUAAACUCAGGGACACUGGCAUCACCACGGCACCUCUUCUCCCCCGCCCGCUCACUGAAGGCAACAGGGUCGUCUGAAAGACAAAGAAUCAUUUGAAAUGGGGGGGGGGGGUCCUAACGGGAAAAGCUUUCCAGUUAGCACCGGCUGCUGUCGGUUUUUGGGGAAGAGAAACCUUAUUGCUCCAAAUUUGACUCAGCUGGAUAAAGUUUAAAGAAAUUAGACUGUGGUUUUAUCUUUUAUUUCUUUUUGUAACCAACUCUGAACUUCUAUGCUUAUACCACUUACAAGCCCUUAACAUCUCUCUUU